UCUCUCUCUCUCUCUCUCUCUCUCUCGGUCGCUCGCUCUGUGAGUCUGCAGGAUCAGCUGCUCCUCAGCUCCACACCCUCCAUCCGCCCUUCGUCUGUUCAGACCUCCAUCCUGCAGCCCACCAUCGACCAUCCAACACCGACCGGACUCGACGAAAGUGGAGCACUGAAAAGCUGAUGAACUAGAAGCUUUUGGCAUCAUGAGCUUCAUGCCUCUCCUUUCACUUUCCCUGGUCCUUCACUGCAUGAGAGAUGUAGUGGCAGGGCAGUGCUGGCAGAGGGCUACGUACUCAGAGACGGUGGUGUCUCCUGAGCUGAGGAGCAGUAGCAUCCUGCGGGUCCCAGAGGUGCUCACUCUGACCCAGUGUGCUGCGGCCUGCUGCGAUCUCCCUGGCUGCGACCUGGCCUGGUUCUUUGAGAGACGCUGCUAUGUUCUCAGUUGCCAGCACAAAGAGAACUGUCAACCAAAAAAGAGGCCUGGCACGGACUCGCUGCUGGCCUUUCUGCAACGUGGACCUCCACAGACGCUGGUGCUACAGUCCCUGGUACGGGGCGAGCCUUACCCCAGCCACUGGCGUCCGCUCCCCAGACACAGAGGCCCAGAAGACCCUCUGAAGGACCUGGCUUUGCUGGGGGGCAUUCAGGAUUUGGAUAAUUCUCCAAUGGAGUACGCAGACAGCUACAGGACUUUGGAGGACAGGGGAAGAGAAGAAGACAUCAAUGAGGAGAAGUCCAGCUCAAAUGUAGAACGUGAAGAAAGCCCAGGACUACCUGAUUGGCCAGCUCUGCAGGAAAGGGAUGGAUUUAACCUAUCGGAAACAGAAGGUGGUAAAGGAAAACUCUCUCUGCUGGAUGCCUCUGAGGACAGCCAGGUCGCACCCAGCUCCCCUUCUGCAGCGAUGAAUGGAAGCACAUCAUCUCCCAGUGCAGCACAGCCAUCAUGGAGGCCCUCAGACACUUUGCCCACAAUGAAGGAUGAUGAAGACCAGUUUAAUAUCUCCGUCACAAGUAUGGAGCCAACAGCCGCACUGCAGCUCUUUAGUGCAGAUCCGUCCAAAUUUAGCCCGAUCAGCAACUCUGUUCCUUCUCAGCCUGACCUGAGCACCACACCCCAGACCGCCUCUCCACAGCCAGUGCAAGCUCUGAUUGUGUCAAUUGGAAACAUUGGUGAAGUAACGCUACCUGAGAAAGCUGUAGAACUAACUGCUUCAGUCAGUCCGGAGAGUCAAACUGAGACCCCUUACACAUAUGAAUGGAGUUUGGUCGGUCCACCGAACGUACGGCAGGCAGCAAUGGAAGGAGAACACAGCAGGACUGUCAAAAUCUCUGAGCUGUCUGCAGGUGUAUAUAUUGUCAGAGUCAGUGUGGCAGGGAAGCAGGCCUAUGGGGAAGGUGUUGUAAACUUCACAGUGCACCCAGAGGUGAACCUGAAUAUUCCUCCCAAAUCAAUUGCUCUGCCCAAGCACCAGGAUGUGUCUCUCUCUGCUGGAUCCAUCAUCUUCAUUAAUGGCAGUCAAAGCUCAGAUGAUACAGGUGUAGUGAGUUACCUGUGGGAGCAGGUGGAUGGACCUAUAUGGGAAAGCGACGUCCCUAUGGACACACCUGUACUCCGACUGCAGGAUACUCCUCCUGGAGAAUACACCUUCAGGCUGACGGUGGCUGAUUCUGAAGGGCUGACUGACUCCACCACAGCCACAGUGACAGUCAGCAGUUCAAAAGAUGACCCCCCAGUGGCUAAAGCAGGCUCUGACCAGGUCAUCAGCCUGCCCCUAAAUCGCCUCACUCUGUGGGCCAACCAGAGCACAGAUGACCACGCCAUCACCAGCUACUUGUGGAGCCUUCAUCCCAGCAGCUCAGCCAAAGCAGCAACCAUGCAGGGUAUAAGAUCUCCGGCUCUGCAGCUGUCUGACCUCCAGGAGGGUCAGUACUCUUUUCAGCUCACUGUCACAGACUCCAGUGGCCAGCAGGACUCAGAUACAGUCUUAGUCACUGUGCUUCCUGAAAACAAAGCUCCUGUAGCUGUAGCAGGACCAGACAGACAGCUGCUUCUCCCAGCCAGCAGCAUCACACUGAACGGUACUGACAGCACGGAUGACCAGGCCAUCACCAGCUACCACUGGGAAAUCCUCAGUGGCCCUCCAGGCUCAAAGAUAAAGGAUGCAAACAAGGCCGUUGCCAUGGCAACAGGCCUCCGAGCUGGAAGUCACAAGUUUAAGCUGACUGUGCAGGACCAGCAGGGGGCAGCAGACAGCACUGUGCUCACCGUCACAGUCCAAGAGGCUAAAAGCCUGCCUCUGAUAGCCCACGCCAGUGGUAGCCAUACGCUGACCUUGCCCAACAACUCUCUGGUCCUGAGGGGAUCAGUGUCCAACUGCGGCUCUGCUAAUGUGUCCUUCUUGUGGGUCAGAGAUGAACAGAGUCCAGCUGCAGGGGACGUCCUCUAUGGUUCGGAUCAUCAGGCCUCUCUCUAUCUCACCAAUCUGGUAGAGGGCACUUACCUGUUCCGACUGAAGGUUACUGACAUCCAGGGCCGUUCCAGCACGGCAACAGCCACUGUGGAAGUGCGUCCUGACCUGCGUGAGCGGGAGGAGGUGGAGAUGGAGCUGCAGGUGGCUGUAGCUCAGGUCAGUCAGCAGCAGAAGGACACAGUGGUCAGACAGCUGGCUGCACUGCUGCACGUGCUGGACACAGACAUCGCUCUGAAAGGUCUGCACGGCCAGUCUGAUAUCAGCACAGUGUUCAGGUUCUCGGUUCAGGGUCCUGACGGAACGAUCCCUGGCCCAAAACUGGCCCGUCUCCUGAGGUAUCAGCUGCUGAAGGAGAAAACGGAUUUCCUGCUUUUCAAGGUUCUCAGAGUGGACACCGUCAUGUGUUUGCUGCUGUGUUCUGGCCGUGGUCAGUGUGAUCCCGUCACUAGAAGCUGUUCCUGUGAUCCUCUGUGGAUGGAGAACCCCUUUCGACGCUUCCUUGAUGACAGUGAGAGCAACUGUGACUGGAGUGUGCUGUAUGUCACAAUCUGCUGCAUUGUGGUGGUCAUUUUUCUUGUGUCUACAAGCUGGGCCUGGUGUAAAAGAGGGAGACGUACAAAAGUAAGGAAGAAAACCAAGUACACGAUACUGGACAACGUAGAUGAACAAGAGAGAAUGGAACUGCGACCAAAAUACAACAUCAAACACAGGAGCACCGAGCACAACUCCAGCCUGAUGAUGUCAGAGUCAGAAUUUGACAGCGAGCAAGACACUAUCUUCAGUUACGAAAGGACGGACAGGGCCAGAAACCGAGUGAACGGAGCCAUGACCAACGGAGACGCCUACAGUCUGCGCCCUGUGGACGGCUGAAAAGAUAGCUGUAUGAGUGUGCUUUAGGGUCACAGCAGGAAAUCACAGAGAGUUUACACAGACUGGCUGAAUGUAUCUGAUCAGAGGCUUUUUGAAUGUAAAUAGUAAUUUUAUUAUGCACUUCCUACUGUUUGCUGGCUGCUAUUGUACUCUUAAUUUUACCCUUGCCUAUUAUUAAUCAUUAACAACAGCUAGUGGGCCAACAAAAAAAUUCCACCUGGAGUAUUUUUAAGUAUUUGAACGUAUGUUUUGGCUUUCGAAAGCAUCCCACUGCUGACUGACAUCUGUUCUUAGACACUAAUUGACAAUCUAGUUUUAUUACUGGUUAAACUUUCCUUCAGUUAUCACACUAAGGACUGUUUCUAAGGAACGAUUCAGUGAAAAAUCAAACGUAUACCAUUUUACCUUCAGCCCAAGUGAAGGCAGCUGGCUAAGAGAUGUUUAGGGUCUGAAGUUUGCUUAACUCGUUUUGCACUGGAGCUACGACGCUAAAGUAGCUAACAAGUAAUGUAAGUCUUUGUCACCCAAAACCUUCUAUUGCAGUAGCACUGUAGCUCAUUUUACAGUGGUACUGCAGCUCAUUUGAUUUUUCAUGGAACCGUACCUUAAAUUACUAAUUGUACUAUUCAUAAAAAAGAGAAAAUUUUACUUGACUACAGUGCAAAUGUUAUGUGACACCACGUUUACGCAGAGCUGGAUUUACAACUGUAUAUCAAUAAAUAGUGUGAAAAAUAUACAA